AGUUAUGCCUUCAGAAGAGAGUCAGUUAAGCAAGAGACAUCAUCUUGAGGAUCCAACAAGAAAAACGAGUAACCAGAAAUUACAAACACCUCGAAGUGAUGCCGAAGUUCUCUCCUUGUUUGGCUAUUCGAAAGAAAAAUCAACGAUUACUUGCUCGUUGGAUAAUUCUGAAGUGAUCCACAAUAAUAACCUCGUAGGCUUUAGCCCUCAUGAUCUCGCGCUUUGCUUUCCCGACAAAAAUCUAAUUGCUAGAGGACCUCCUCUGCCUUCUCCUUUAGCUUUGCAUUUUGAGAGUUUUUUUCAGUACCAGCAAACUUAUUGUAACAUCCUGCGUGAUUACCUCAAUUUUGUGACUUAUAAAACUGCUCGGAUUUACCACGAGAUCCUCUCAAGUGUAGAUUUCUCACCAUCUUUAGGAGUAGAUUUAAUUAAUUCAGCAAUCAAGUCAGAAAAGAUUCCAUUUUGCGAGCAUGGAAAAGUGGAGCUUGCUUUACUGGGAAACUCGCCUUUUUCCAACGGAGAACCCGUGCACGCGAUUCGUGUCUGCCACGCUAGUACAGAAGUGCAAUGUUACGAAAACUUAAGCCGCCACAUGGGGGACUCUACCACUUGUCCCAUUUAUGACUUUCUUUUAGGCCGGCAGACGCAGAGCGGCACACCCACGCGGACCCUGCACAUAUCUGUGUCUCAAAAGUUUGAGUUGGUUGAGUCUUUUAUAACUAAAUAUGCACUUAACAACGACCAAUCAUUGGCUCUGAAAAGGCUGGCAGACAUGGUGUGA